AUGACGUGUAACGAAGUGCGACCGCGCGGGCCGGCUCCCGACCUGAAGAGAGUCGGGGAAGCCUUAAGGGAAUCGAAAUGUCAAGUAAUGGGUGCUAAGAGAGGGACCGGCGGGCCGCAGCACAGGCGGCCGCUCGUGUGCACAGGCCCUGUGCUGGGCGGCCGGCUGUGCUCGGACCGCUGUGCUGUGCGCGUGAGACCACUCCCAGUGUUAGACUGCGAGCGAUCGAUCUCAGUGUCCAAACUGCUAGGAACAGAUCCAGUGCCCGUUUCAUGUGAUUUAAUAUAUUAUACAUAUUAUUAUGAUAAAAGUGGAAUUUUAUUCGUAUUUUUAUAUAGUUAG